AUGGCCACCAUGAUGCAGAGACGUAUGCUAUCAAGAGAGGACGAGGCCGCGGUCGGCGACGAAGUAGAGGUUCGGCGGGAAGACCAGGACAAGAUCAAUAAAUUCAGCCGCCUCCAUCAGCGCGAACUCAAUAUUGAAGACGAACUGAAGAUCAAGAGCAAGGAGAGAGAAGAGCUGGAAGAUAUUACAACAGAGCUCGAGCUCGCAGACGAGGAUGAUACGGUGCCAUACAAGGUCGGCGAUGCAUUCUUCCACGUAAAAGUACCACAAGCUCAGGAGAUGUUGGGCGUAUCGUCAGCAAAGGUGGAGGAAGACAUUGAAGAACUGGAGGACAAGCUGAACACAAUAAAAGACGAGAUGACACAACUGAAGGUUGAGCUGUAUGCGAGAUUUGGCAAGAGCAUCAACCUCGAAACAUAG